UAUUUGAAGCAGAACCCAGACAAUAAAGCGAAGUAUCCGAAGAUGAAAAAUGUGAACGUUGAUACUGUGGAUGUUGCCACAAGUGAUCCGGGAUUUGAGGCUGUUGCUGCAGCCUAUUUGAAAGUAUUCGAUGAUGUUAUAACGGCUGUUGAAGAGAAACCGGCCGACGUGUCAGACGCAUGUUCGAGGCUGAAUUCAGUGGGUAAAAUGCAUCGAAGCAAGGUGAGUGAGUGCGCUGAGUCCUCGUUCGGCAUUUAUCGUAGUAGAUGUAUGCAAGAUGCCCUUUCAAUGAAAAACAUUUCAUUUCGUACAAAUGAGAGAAGACAUCAUCCUGCGUAA